CUUUGUUUUCAGAAAUUCCAUGUCAUUUUUUAGGACUUUGGAGAGUCCCAGGUGGUCCGGUGAGCACUCUCUUCACUUCUCCCUCUCCACUGUUUGUUCAGAUAAUCCUUCUACAAAACAUUUUGUAUCUUUUUUUUUUUAAACUCAGUGUUGUGCUGAAAUGUAUAAUGGAACAGAACAUUUCAUCUUUAGAUGGAUUGUGAUUUGUUGUGUUGGAAUGAAAGGAUGGAGUGUGAUUAUCAAGUGUCCCCACCCCCUUUUUUUUUUAAAUCAAGUGCCCUUUUAACUAGGGAGGUCAAGGAUUUUUUCGUUGUUGUUUUUUGGGUUUGUUUUUUUUUGGAAGUGACAUUUAAGCAAAGAGAAACCUCAGUGAACAUAGGGAGGAAGUUCUGUUGAGAUCUGGGAAAGAGCUUUAAAAGUAGAAGGCGCAAUGGGGUGGGGCAGGAGGGAAGUCCCAAGAGGGAGGAGAUAAAUGUAUACAAAUAGCUGAUUCACUUCAUUGUACAGCAGAAACUAAAAAAGUAUUAUAAAGCAAUUAAAUUCCAAUUAAAAAAAGACAAAAAAUGAUAGAAGAAUUAGCAAGUACAAAGUUACUGUGGUGGGAGCAUGUUUGAUGUAUUUCAGGGAUAGCAAUAAGCCAGUAUCACCAGAGGAGAAUAUGCACUGUGAGAUUAGGGAAAUAGCUGGGGACCAAAUUAAGCAGGCUCCUGAAAGUCAUGACCAGAGCUUUGAUUUUUGUUCUAAGGGUGAAGGACAACCACUAGAGUGGCGGUGAUAUGAUCUGAUUUAUAUUUUAAAAGGAAGGAAAAUCAAAAGCAAGGAAGUAAGAGUGGAAGCCUGGAUCACGGUGGUGGCAUUGGAGCUUGUGAGAUUCUGGGUAUCUAUUGGAGAUAGGAAAUAUGGCAUUUGAUCAGGGUUUGGUUGUGGAGUGUGAGAGAAAGAAAGAAAUGAAUGACUACAAAGAUUCUUGACCUGGGCAAUUGUGUAUAUGGUCAUGCUAUUUACUGAGAUGGGAACAUGGGCUGGGAUGAGAUAAGAAUCAAGAUUUGAGUUCCAGAUAAAUUAGAGAGACUUGUUAGAUAUCCAAGUGGAGUAUUGGUUAUAUAUCUAGAGUUUAGGACUGGAGAUGUGAAUUUGAGAGUCAUUAAUGUAUUUAAGGGCUUUCCCAGUGGCUCAGUGGUAUAAGAAUCCACCUGCAAUGCAGAGAGACACAGGAGAAGAUCCCUUGGAGGAGGGCAUGGCAACCAAUUCCAGUAUUCUUGCUGGGAAAAUCCCAUGGACAGAGGAGCCUAGCAGGCUACAGUCCAUGAGGUCACGGAGUUGGACAUGACUGAACUGACUGAACACAGUGUAGUUAAAGCUAUGGGACAGGUUGAGAUUAUCUUGAGGGUAGAUUGUCGUGAAUAUAGGUAGGAAAGAGGUCUAGGGAGUGAGCUUAGGGCAUUCAAAGACUGACAAAAGGCUGAGAAGAAGAGGAGGAACCAGCAAAAGAGACUGAGAAGGACUCAUGUAGAAGGAAACCCAAAAGAAUAUGUGGGUCCUGGGAGUCAAGAGGAGAAAGCAUUUCAAAGAGGAGAUGAUCAACUGAGUUAAAUUCUUCUGAUAGAGAUGGAGGAAGAUGCUUGGACCGUUUGGAAGUACUUGGGUUUGGUGACCUUCAGGGAUGUAGCUCUGAAUUUUUCCCAAGAGGAAUGGGAAUGGUUGGACUCAUCUCAGAAGGAUUUGUACAGAGAUGUCAUGUUGGAGAACUACAGGAACUUGGACUCUCCAUUUCUAAGCCCAACAUGAUCUCCUUAUUGGAACAAGGGAAGGAACCUUGGAUGGUGGAGAGAAAGAUGUCGGAUGGUCAACAUGCAGACUGGGAGUCUUGGUAUGAGAUCAAAGCAUUAUCUCCAAAGUGGUACACUGAUGAAGAGGAAAUAUCGCAGGGGGUGAUAACAAAAAGACUUACAAGUUAUAGCCUUGAAUGCUCCAGUUUCAGAGAAGCCUGGAAAUAUGAGGCUGAAUUUGAGCAGCAUCAAGGAAAUCAGGAGAGGCAUUUCAGGCAAGUGGCAACUCUUAAGGAAAUCUCUGCUGUGAAAAGAGACAAUGAAUAUAAUCAUUCUGAGAGAAACAUUCUCUUGAAGUCAGUACUUUUAACACAACAGAGAGUUCCCCCAGUAGAGCAAGUACAUAAGUUUGGUAUUUUUAACAAAAUGUUUCCCCCAAAUUCAGUUCUAAUUGAACAUAAAAGACUGCGUGCCGGGAAGGAAGCUUUGAUAGGCAAUGAAUGUGAAGAAUUCAACCAGAGCACAUACCUUAGUAAAGAUGUAGAAAUUUCUCCUGGGGAGAAAUCUUAUGAAAGUAAUGAUUUUUCAAACCUCUUAAGUUUCCACUCAUUACUUAGUCAACAUCAAGCAACUCAUUUUGGAAAAUCACCCCAUGGAUAUGAUGAGUAUGGCGAUGCCUUUAACUGUUACUCGUAUUUUGCUCAACCUCAGAGAAUUCACAGUAGAGAGAAACCAUAUGCAUGCAAUGACUGUGGCAAGGGCUUCAGCCAUGACUUUUUUCUCAGUGAGCAUCAGAGAACUCAUAUUGGGGAGAAACCAUAUGAAUGUAAGGAAUGUAACAAAGCUUUCCGACAGAGUGCACACCUUGCUCAACAUCAGAGAAUCCACACUGGAGAGAAACCCUUUGCGUGCAAUGAAUGUGGGAAGGCCUUUAGCCGUUAUGCCUUCCUUGUUGAACAUCAGAGAAUUCACACAGGAGAGAAACCAUAUGAAUGUAAGGAAUGUAACAAAGCCUUCAGACAGAGCGCACACCUUAAUCAACAUCAGAGAAUUCACACUGGAGAGAAACCCUAUGAAUGUAAUCAAUGUGGAAAAGCCUUCAGCAGACGCAUAGCCCUUACUCUGCAUCAGAGAAUUCAUACAGGAGAGAAACCCUUUAAAUGUAACGAAUGUGGGAAGACCUUUGGCUAUCGCUCACACCUUAAUCAACAUCAGAGAAUUCACACCGGUGAAAAGCCCUAUGAGUGCAUCAAGUGUGGGAAGUUUUUUAGGACUGACUCACAACUUAAUCGACAUCAUAGAAUUCAUACUGGAGAGAGGCCUUUUGAAUGUAGUAAAUGUGGGAAAGCCUUCAGUGAUGCUUUAGUUCUAAUUCAUCAUAAAAGAAGUCAUGCAGGAGAGAAACCCUAUGAAUGUAACAAAUGUGGGAAGGCCUUCAGUUGUGGCUCAUACCUUAAUCAACAUCAGAGAAUUCAUACUGGAGAGAAACCCUACGAAUGCAAUGAGUGUGGGAAGGCUUUCCAUCAGGUCUUGUCCCUUAGGCUACACCAGAGAAUUCAUGCCGGAGAAAAACCCUAUAACUGUGAUGAAUGUGGGAACAAUUUUAGCCGUGCUUCAACCCUUAGACGACAUCAGAAAAUUCAUAAUAGAAAAACUCUCUGAUUAUGUGUAAUAAGAAAACAUGUAGUCACCACUUGGUCCUUAUUAAAUAAAUAUCAAUGAAUUCUUCAGCUAGUAAUUCUACUAAUAUGAAUGUAGUAAAUAUGGAAAAGUCUCCAAUUCACAAGCAUCCCUUAUUUGAAAUAACCUGAGUAGUAGCCAUCUAUUACUUUUGGAUCUGUUGUAUGCCGCAUUUGAGACUUAACUCAUCCUCAGUGCAUAUCAUUCUGAUGAAAUUAUUUAAUCAGGGAGAGCAGUGAUCUAUUAUUUUCCUCAACCUAACUAGAAAUGAGGGGUUUUCAGAUGCCCUAUCUAGACCAGUAGAGCCCUAGGAAGAUACUGUUAUGGGUAAUGAGAAAAGAUCUUUUCUUUCCAUGCACCUCUCCCCCACUGGAAUUGCAAAUGUCAAGGAUUUGAUAAAAACUCACCAGUAGCCUUUCUGUUACCACAACAACAUCCUCAUAUUUCUGUCUAUUAUCUCCAAUCCCAAGAUAAAUCGAAUACAAAGGAAUUGGAGAUAAUAGAAAUAUGAGGAUGUUGUUUGAUCUGGAUCCAGUCAUGUCUGAAACCUACGCCAUCUUUGACAUUUUCAUUUUUGUAAUCCAAUAAAUUUUCUCUUUUUUUGCUUCAGUUAAUUUGAGUUUUUGCCUCUUGGAAUUAGAGUCCUAACGUGUAUAUCCCAUGUUUGCUACACAUGUGAAAAGGCCUUAAAUCUUUUAUAUGGCAUAAUUAUUUAUCCUGAGGAGAAGCCUCAUAACAAGUAUAUGAAAGUUAAAUACACACCCUUCGUAAAG